AUGGUUUCCAACAUUUGGAUAGCUGCAGCCGACAAUCAAAGAACAAUAGUAGAACACUACAUUACCAGUGGUGAAUUCACUCCCAACUCAAAAGAUCCAAAUGGAUAUACACCAAUCCAUGCCGCUGCAUCAUAUGGUCAUAUUAAUUUAUUAAAAUAUUUAAUUGAUAAUGGCGGAAAUGUAAAUAUUCAAGAUAAUGACGGAGAUACUCCCUUACAUCAUGUUGAAGAUGUUAAGACUGCGAAGUAUUUGAUAGAGGAAUUAGGGGCGGACUAUAAGAUUAAGAAUGGAGAAGGGAUGAGUGCGAGGGAGUAUAUUGAGGAUGAAGGGGAAUUUGAAGAUGUGGCGGAAUAUUUGAGACUGUUGGCGCAUGAUAAACCAGUAUUGGGUGGACUGGAUGGAGGGUUUGUUGAGAGUUUACCUCAGCCGGGGAAUAUUGAUGGACAUGAGAUUAGAUAUAGUAUGGAGAAUGAGAUAGAAAAUGAGGAAUUAUCACCGGAAGAAGUAGAAGAAAGGAGAAAGAAGAUUCAAGCGAUUUUGGAAAGUGAGAAUCCUGAAGAAGCUUUGAGAGAAUUAGUUAAGAAUGCUGUGCAUGAAGGUAUGACUCAAUUUAAACAAGAUCAAGAACAGGUACAACAAGAGGAAGCUGGGCCAUCGUCAAAGAGAAGAAGAUAG